CUUUUCCUUCCUCUCCGUCAACUAUUUAUUCACCGGCGCUCUCGGUGCGGAUUGCAGAGGGCGCAGCUCCACCGUCCUAACUUGCAAUGUGGCGACGCUUCCCCGCUGCCCCUUCUUUCUCCCCUGCCCUCGAUGAACGCAGUUUUUCCUGUAAAGUGUAGAGAUAGACACUUGUGGCCGGCCAGACCGUGGGCUGGCUUUGCGGGCCCGCCGUAACGCUGAAGGCUCUUCAUGAUUUGUCAGGAACCUUGGUGGGCUACGCAAAAAGUGUCUUGGAGACCACGGUGAUCCUUAGGAUGUGAUGGCAUUGUCGGACAAGGAUUUCAGAUGCAUGCCAGGUUUCCAUUGAUUGUCAGAAUUCGAGAUCAUUACACAUGGAUCCCCAAAAUCAACAUGGCAGUGGCAGUUCAUUAGUUGUGAUCCAGCAGCCUUCUUUGGAUAGUCGUCAGAGAUUAGACUAUGAGAGAGAGAUUCAGCCUGCUGCUAUUUUGUCCUUAGACCAGAUAAAGGCCAUCAGAGGCAGCAACGAAUAUACAGAAGGACCUUCAGUGGUGAAAAGACCUGCUCCUCGGACAGCACCAAGACAAGAAAAGCAUGAAAGGACUCAUGAAAUCAUACCAAUUAAUGUGAAUAACAACUAUGAACAUAGACCUACAAGCCACCUGGGACAUGUGGGACUCCCAAGUAAUGCUAGAGGCCCCAUUUUGAGCAGAUCGACCAGCACUGGAAGUGCAGCCAGUUCUGGGAGCAACAGCAGUGCCUCUUCUGAGCAGGGACUCUUAGGAAGGUCACCACCAAACAGACCAGUCCCUGGUCAUAGGUCUGAAAGGGCAAUCCGGACUCAGCCCAAGCAACUGAUUGUGGAUGACUUGAAAGGUUCCUUAAAAGAGGAUCUGACACAGCACAAGUUCAUUUGUGAACAGUGUGGAAAGUGCAAGUGUGGAGAAUGCACAGCUCCCAGGACCCUGCCAUCUUGUUUGGCCUGUAACCGGCAGUGCCUUUGCUCUGCUGAAAGCAUGGUGGAAUAUGGAACCUGCAUGUGCUUAGUCAAGGGCAUCUUCUACCACUGCUCCAAUGACGACGAAGGGGAUUCUUACUCAGAUAAUCCUUGCUCCUGUUCACAGUCACACUGCUGCUCUAGAUACCUGUGUAUGGGAACCAUGUCUUUAUUUUUACCUUGCUUACUCUGUUAUCCCCCUGCUAAGGGAUGCCUGAAGCUAUGCAAGGGGUGUUAUGAUUGGAUCCAUCGCCCAGGGUGCAGAUGUAAGAACUCCAACACUGUCUAUUGUAAGCUGGAGAGCUGCCCCUCCCGGGGUCAGGGUAAACCAUCAUGAUUUUUGGAAGUGGUUUGCACCUUUAGAACUUCAAGCUUUCAAGUUGUGGCUGUUAAAAAAGAUUCUAUUAGAUACUGGUUUUCUUUUCUAUAGAUUUUUCCCUGUUUUCUGCCUUUUCUUCACCUGUUCCUAAGGUUUGACUCAUGGAUUUUACUCAUCUCUCAUGGAUGAUCUUCCAUAACAGUGGACUGUGAAACUGCACCUGGCUCCCACUCAUGACAAGAGUCUCUGCCAUCCUCUUGAGAGGGUAUUGAGAGCCAGUGGACCUUUGGUAUAGCCUUUUUGCUCUGCAAGCAGCUUUCCAAAGUUGUAUGUGCAAACGUACAUCCACACCCAGACUACAGUGAUUUAGAGCUGUUUGUGAUUGGGUACUGUGGGAGCAGGAAAAUUGGUUUUUGAAAAAGCAACUGUUUAAUUGCUUAAAUAAGCUAUGUAUUAAAUCUUUCUCCAAUUAGGGCUAUCUUCCUAGCAUUGGACCCUUAAGUAGCAUGGACCAUAUAAUUUUGUUAUAACAUAACAUUUUUUCUUUAACCACUGUCCUCUCCUUGUCCGUCUAAGUUCUCUUCCCCUCAUUUUUGGCAUUAUCUUACUCUGGAGAUGCCAGGUGUGUGUUUUGUUUUUUCUUUCUAUGUAAUUUUAGAUUUUGCUUUACAAUGUAAAUCUUCACAUUGGAGAUAUGUUGGUUUGUAUCUUGCUCAUCUUUAUCCUAGCUUUCAUAUUUGUGAAGGACUCAACUACCUUCCUUCCACACCCCAUACACUUAAAAUUUUUUUUGUCAUUGAGGGCACUUGGAUAACUGAAGUUAUUUAUAGCUGAUCAAUCUGUAGAUGUCAUGGAACUAUGCUGCCUAAAGUGAUCUUGGCUCCUUAAUGGUCCUUUUGGUCCCUUUGUUAGUUAACACCUGAGUAAUUCUGAUCUGCUCUGUAUUUUUAUUGCCUUAGCCACAAAUUGUGGUGCUCUUUGUAUAUUUUAUGUAUAAAUCACAAAAUUGAAUUCUGACUAUUUUUAAGACAAAAGUCUGUUAAACUUUUUUAUUGUAAAGAAUAUUUAUUAUGCGAAUCUAUUAUUUUAUGAUAUUUAUUGCAAAAGACUGUUGAAAUGUAAUCAUGUCUGAAUAUAACAAAAUAUCAAUACUUAACGAAAAAUAAGGUGACACGAAGAAAGUACAUAUGUUAACUAUAAUGCAGAAAAUAUAUUAAUUAAUGAAACUG